AUGCGCUUCACUCUCACGAUCGUAUCGGUCGUCGCGCUCGCGGCUCGGUCCGCUUUGGCCAAAGCCGUGUUUGCCCACUUCAUGGUGGCAAACACGGACUCAUUCAACGAGGCCCAGUGGAGAACUGAGAUCUCGGCCGCAAAGGCCAUUGGCAUCCAGGGUUUCAUUCUCAAUACGGCUGGCAACUCUUACGAGCCCAACCAGAUCAGUACGGCCUAUAGCGUGGCCGAGUCACUGGGUGGAUUCUCCUUCGCGUACUCCUUUGACUUCUCUCACCCGUGGAGCGUCGAUGAGAUCGUUUCGUACGUCUCGGCACAUGCAUCGAGCUCCGCGACGUACAAGUGGAACAAUGCUGUUCUCGUAUCGUCGUUCAGUGGCGAGAGCAGUGGCAACUCUUUCUGGUCGAGCGUCAAGAGCCAGCUGAGCGCCGAUGCUAUCACCAUCUCGCUUGCCCCGGCUUUCAUCAGCUACCGCGACCCGGGACAGGCCCAGACCCUGCUCAACAACUUCCCGAGCAUCGAUGGCUUCACCAACUGGUGGUCAUGGCCAGCGGACAAUGGCAACCUACUUACAACGGAUACCGACCUUGCUUACCAGAAGGCGGUCAAGUCGUCGCGCACGGGCCCGUUCAUCAUGGCUGUCUCUCCUUGGCAGUUCAAGAACCUUGGCAGCUCUGGCGGGGACACCGGUAACGAUUGGGUCGAGCUGAGCGACACCUUGAUCAAGUACCGCUGGGAACAGGCUAUCAACGAUGUGCAGCCGGAUAUUGUCGAGAUCGUCACCUGGAAUGACUACGCUGAGAGCCACUACAUCGGCGCUCUUAACUCAAAUGUUUACAUGGACGCCGACGCUCAUGCUUACGUCGACGGCGCUGACCACACCCCUUGGCAAAUCAUCAUGAAGUACUACAUCUCGUGGUACCUCAACGGCGCCGCACCUGCUGUCACGAAGGAUCAAGUCGUGGUUUGGUACCGCCUCCACCCCAAGGGUGCCACCUGCAGCACGGGCACUCUCCCCCGCAACGCUCAAUACCCCGCCGACGCUGUAUUCGGCUUUGCUCUUCUCACGAGCGCCGCCACCGUGACCAUGGACAUCGGCUCGAACAACCACGCAGAGUGGAACGCUCCGGCGGGUGUCAGCAUCGGUUCAGUGCCUUUCCCUACAGACGACAACCAGAUUCCAUACAUCCAAAUUGAGCGCAACGGCGCUGUUGUGGAGAGCGGGUAUGGGAGCGCAACUUGGAGCAAGAGCUGCCAGACCUACAACUUCAACCCCUUCGUCGGUGUUAUCCCGAACUAA